UGUCAAUUGCUAUUUUCAAAAUUAAAAUGUCGUGUUUUGAAUCUUAGCGCAAUCAUUUUUAAAUUACAAGUUUUAUCAGAUAAAUGUAGCUUCAGCAUCAAGAAAUAACGCUGAGAAAUGUCUCUCUCGAGAACCAAGUGUAUCCCGUGAGGGCGUAUAUUGAAAUGAAGUUUCAACGCCGAGAAGGAAGAAAUGCGCUUGCGUGAGUCCUCCGUCCAGAAAUUGGAUAAAUUGAGCGUAUUUGGAUCUUAUAUCAAACCUUCACGAAAGUAGACGGUAUAAAUUAGGAAAAUUGCUCAGAACUUAUAUAAGAGAAAAAUUAAAAUUAAAAUGUGUGGAAUAUUUAAUCAACCAGUAAAAAAAGAGAAAACAAACUCUCAUCGAUAUCUUCAGUCUCCACAGUAAUACAUAGAAGCUCGCAGAGAAAUGAUACGUCCGAUAAUUCUGUAUCACAGUCUCAAUAAAGUUCUGUUGCUUGCUGUCGGUAUAUGGCCGUAUCAUCAAUCUAAAUUUACUCAAUUUCAGUUUGUUUUUUUCUCUGCUACUUUAUCGGCAAGUAUUAUAGUUCAGCUAAUACUAUUAAUAAAAUUUAAAUGCACUUCGGACCUUAUUGUUAAGGUGAUGUCUUCCGUAUCUUUCUUUAUAAUAUUGAUAAUAAAAUAUAUUUUAUUCCAUUUUAACCUUGAAGCUGUAAAGAAUUUAUUCACGAAUCUUCAACAUGUACUGAACGAUUUAAAGAAUGAAAACGAAAUUGCUAUUUUAGAAAAGUAUAAUUUUAUCGCAAAAUGUUAUACAAUUGUGCUUACAGCAUUAGGAGUUGGCGUACUGUCUAGUUUUAUUAUAGCUCAAUUUUGGUCAGACAUAAGUAAUAUUAUUGUAUCCGUAAACACAUCUCAAUCACGUUAUAUACUCAUCUCGUCGGAGUACUUCAUUGAUCAAGAAAAGUAUUUUUAUUGGAUUGUAUUACAUAUUUCAUCAACACUUUGUAUCGGAAUAAUUAUAAUGGUGGGAAUAGGUACAAUACUCGUUACGUAUAUUCAACAUACAUGUGGAAUAUUUAGAAUUGCUAGCUAUCGUAUCGAGCAUGCAGUCAACAUUAAUAUUCUACAAAAUACGCUAAAAAAUAAAAUUUUGAUGAUGGAGAGCAUAAUUCAGGCUAUUAACAUUCAUCGGCAAGCUAUAAAACUGUCUAAGCGAUUAGUGUCCACAUUCGACAUAAUGUUUUUUUGUUUCACGGGAUGUCUAAUAGCUUGCUUAGCUCUCAACCUAUUUCAACUUCUCCAAGUAGUGUCAUCUAAAAACAUUAUCGAUCUUUUCCUGCCAUUUACAUAUGCAACAACAAGUUUUUUAUACAUCUUUAUAUCCAAUUAUAUUGGACAGAAUAUAACGGAUCACAAUAAUCAUUUAUUUGUUACUGCGUAUAAUAUUCGGUGGUAUAAGACCCCUUUACAUAUACAAAAAAUAAUACUAUUUUUAUUGCAAAAUGGAACUAAAAAAUUUACUUUAAAAGUUGGUGGAAUGAUUGAUGGAUCUAUAGAAAAUUUUGCCAUGGUGAUAAAAACAUCGAUAUCUUAUUUUACUGUCAUGUAUUCUACACGAUGAUAAGGUAAUUUAUUAUAAGAAUAGUGAAGAUACUAGUGAAGUUAAUGAAGAAAUGACGGUAUUCAUCCUUAGAAAAUAUAUUUAUUUUUUGAACGUAUAGUGUAGAUAGAAAUAUUCAUGCAAAAAGCAAAUAAAAGUUAGUCAAAUUAUGAUUACAGUGCUUCAAGUUUUUGCAUUCCAUUAAAAUCGAUUAUUGUAUUAAACAUAAUUUGAUUAUAAACACAUGUUUAAAUAUCUUAUAUUGUUUUUAAGUGAAUGUCUAAUCCAGUUUGUGUUCAAUGUAUUACAUAUUAGUCAUAAUUAAUUUCGUCUCGACAUUUAUAUAAUUUAUAAAGUGUUUGCAUAAAUUAGUUUUUGUUAUUAAAUAACAUAUAGUAAAAAAAAAGUUCCAUUAGAACUGAUAUAAAUAAAUAUUAAUACAUUAAUAUUCAACACUUGCUAAUAAUAUUCAUCACAGAUUAAUGCCUUCUUAAAAAAUUAAAAAGAUUGUACAUUGGUCUAAAACAAGCAUUUUUAAAUUAUAAGCGGAUAAAUAUCUUCAUUGUCAAGGAAAAUAAUUAAAUCUCACAGACAUCGCUCUUGAAAACUAAGGGUAUACUGUAAAAGAGUACAUUGAAAUAAAGUGUCGGCCUUAAGAGAA